AACCGGAAGCGCGGUCCUGCGGCAGCCGGGGUCGUGGGCAGGCGCGAGAACGCGCAGGGCGGUGCGAGUCCGGGCAUGAAGCCGGGCGCGGCCGCGCUGGGCCUGCUGCUGCUGGCGCCGUUGGGGGUGCGGGCGGUGGAGCCCAUCAGCCUGGGACUGGCCCUGGCCGGCGUGCUCACCGGCUACAUCUCCUACCCGCGCCUCUAUUGCCUCUUCGCCGAGUGCUGCGGCCAGAAGCGGAGCCUCAGCCGGGAGGCGCUGCAGAAGGAUCUGGACAGCAAGCUCUUUGGACAGCAUCUUGCAAAGAAAGUCAUCUUAAAUGCCGUGUCUGGCUUCAUAAGGAACCCGAAGCCCAAGAAACCUCUCACCCUCUCCUUACACGGGUGGACUGGCACCGGCAAAAAUUUUGCCAGCAAGAUCAUCGCAGAGAAUAUUUACGAGGGUGGUCUGAACAGUGACUAUGUCCACCUGUUUGUGGCCACACUGCACUUUCCACAUGCCUCCAACAUCACCCUGUAUAAGGAUCAGCUACAGCUGUGGAUUCGCGGCAACGUGAGUGCCUGUGCAAGGUCCAUCUUCAUAUUUGAUGAAAUGGACAAGAUGCAUGCCGGCCUCAUAGACGCCAUCAAGCCUUUCCUAGACUACUACGACCAUGUGGACGGGGUCUCCUAUCAGAAAGCCAUCUUCAUAUUUCUCAGCAAUGCUGGAGCAGAAAGGAUCACAGACGUGGCUUUAGAUUUCUGGAGAAGUGGGAAGCAGAGGGAAGAUAUCAAGCUCAAAGAUAUGGAGCCCGCCUUGUCUGUGUCGGCCUUCAAUAACAAGAACAGUGGCUUCUGGCACAGCAGCUUAAUUGACCGAAAUCUCAUUGAUUAUUUUGUUCCCUUCCUCCCCCUGGAAUACAAACACCUAAAAAUGUGCAUCAGAGUUGAAAUGCAGUCCCGUGGCCUUGAAAUUGAUGAGGACAUUGUAACCAGAGUGGCCGAGGAGAUGACAUUUUUUCCCAGGGAGGAGAGAGUUUUCUCUGACAAAGGCUGCAAAACUGUGUUCACUAAGUUAGAUUACUACUAUGAUGACUGAUGGCACAGGUGCCACCACUUGGCACUGGACAAGAAGGAACUCGGUACUCAACGUCUUUCCCAUUCCACCCCCACUCAGUUCCCUGCAAAAGGAGGCAAAUGAACUUUUCCUGUUUACCAUGACAGGAAUUUUCCUGGGCUUUGUUUUCAUCCAGCAGAGUCCCCAGGCCCUCACACCAUGGCGACCUGGACACCUGAGCCCACAGGCCCUCACACCGUGGUGACCUGAGCCCACAGGCCCUCACACCGUGGACACCUGAGCCCACAGGCCCUCACACCGUGGUGAUCCUGGACACGGCCCCCGAAGUCUUUGGAGGAAGAGGAGCCAGCUCCCAGCCCACUCACACCAGGCUCAUGAUUUUUUAAAAAUCAUGUUUUAAUUUCGUUUUCUCUUUCAAGGAAGGACAAAUAGGUUUUACUGAAAAUGCAAUCAUUUUAUUUGAAAUGGUUUUUAACAUUAUGAGAAACUUUUCAGACUCUAAA